GCAAAGUCCCGGCAUUUUUGUCGCGUGUGGAUAACUAAGAAUAUUAAUAUAAAUAUAAGUAAAACAAGAAGCAACAAUGGACAGUCCGCUGCAGCCCCGGCGCAGUCUGCUACGUCAGCCUUUGAACAGUACGCAAAACAAUCAGGCACACAACUUGUCCAUAACGAUGCUGCCGGAAGAGCAGGAUUUGUUCAGGAACACCAGCUCCGGAGCCAUGGGACUUCUGUCUCGCAUGCAGAAUCGCACAAUGGCGGGAUUUGAUGUGACUAGCAUGAGCGGCGACAGCACUCUGUUAACAGACAACAUCGAUGCAGUAGAUAACGGAGUCAAUAAAAUAGACAUACUCUUUGCUCACUUCUAUGAGGUGCUGCACACGCACAACAACACAAAUGAUACGCUGGAUGUGGUGCAAAUGCUGGCCCAGGCCUGCGAGCAAGUGGUCGAGCAACUGGAGCUGGAGAUUGACCGUGGCAUGGGCGGAAACCAUGGCACAAAGCAGCGCGAGGCCAGCGUCAAGUGGCUGAAACAAGAGAUUAACACCUGGCGCCUUCUCCACGCUCUCUACUAUGAUCGAUUGUUGCUCCAAAAUGAUGCGCAUGCGGAUGAUGAAAUGCAGGAGGGUCCACUGCUGGGCGGUAGCGAAAAGGAGGUCAUACAGCAGCUGUACUCCAUAAAUUCGCAGCUGCGUGAGUACCAAAUGGUAGUGGAUUGGCUGGAGAAGUGCUACGAGGAGAAGGAUCAGGCGAAUGCACUGCAGAGUCAUGAUCGCAUGAUGGCCUGGGAAAACACGCUCUUUCAGCUGGAGAAUCUGCAGGGAGCCGCCUUUGGUCGUGGCCAUGAGAUAUGCAAGCAACUGGAUCCGGAUGCGCCGGUGCGUGAGGGCAAGCCACUGCACGCCCUGGACAUGGAAGACAACGCUCGUCUGGGUCGCGCCAUUUUUGCAGCCAUACGCAGCGGGCACAUCGACGAGGCGCUCAAGCUGUGCAAGCACUUUGGCCAGACCUGGCGGGCGGCCAUUUUGGAAGGCUGGCGUUUGCACGAGGAUCCCAACUUUGAGCAGCAUGUGCCGGGCCAGAUUAAUGAGAAGUUGCCCAUCGAAGGCAAUCCACGCCGCGACGUUUGGAAGCGUUGCGCCUGGCUGCUGGCCGACUCCAAAAAAUACGAUGAGUACACACGCGCCACGGCGGCCGUCUUCUGCGGUCACCUGGGCGCGCUGAAGACGCUGCUGCACAGCAAUUGGCAGGAUCUGCUCUGGGCGUACAUGAAGGUGCAGAUAGACAUCCGAGUCGAAAGCGAGAUUCGCGGCUGUUGCAUGAAGCGCUAUCAGCCCAUGCCGGACGAGUACUGGAAUGGCAAAAUGACUUUGGAGCAGAUCUUCGAUGAGCUGAGCGUGGCCAAGGAUGUGUCUGUGCGAGACUAUGCCCAGAGCCAACUGGGCGUCAUCCAGCAGCACAUCAUACUGGACACCUGUGGCGAGCUGCUGCAGCAUAUGUGCCGCUGGUUAGACGCCGUGCCCAAGGACUCGUACCUACCGCCUCAUCAGCUGCGUUUCAUGGCGCAUAUUGUGCUCUUCAUGCGCCAGAUCGGGAGAGUGGAGCAGCAAGGACAGCAGCAGCAGGCAGAACGCAUAAUCGCCGCCUAUGUGGAUACGUUGAUCAAGCGUGGAGACCCUCAGGCCAUUGCCUACUAUACGGCGGGCCUACCCAACAAGCUGCAGGUGCAGCUCUAUGCAAAGUUUCUUACCAAAAUCGAUCAGAAGCGACAGCGGGAACAGGCGCUGGAUGCAGCUUUGCAGGCGGGUCUGGAUGUUGAGCAAAUCACCCGUCAUACGGUCGAGAUCAUGCGACAGGAGAAUGCUCCGUCUAGCGCGUUAGGUGAACCCCCAACGGGGUCCAUUUCAGCAGUAGACAAACGUAAGAUUCACUCACUCGAGUAUCUCCUGCAUUUGCUGGAGCAACGAGGUGAGCUGCUCUGGCAGGCAAAUGCCAUGAUGCGUCAGUAUCUGGCCUGCAACAAGAUCGAGUGUGUGCGUGAGGUGUUUGCCAUGGUGCCCGCGGACGUGACGAAUCAGCUGAUCACGGUUUAUGGCUCCCUGGAUAACUUGGGACCCCGCGAGGAGUGCAGCCUGAAGGAGUUCCUGUGCUACAAGGUUUACCUGUCCGGGGUGGACAGCUUCAAUGAGUGGGUUCGACUGCAGCAGGCCCGGCCCCAACCACCGCAAAAGGACACACAGAACUCCGGCCCCACACAGGACAAUUUCACGGAGCGCAUGAGUGCGCAACACAAGGAACAGACUUACAUGACGGAGCUGGCACGCUGGGAGCAAAAGGUCAAAGAACAAUCCAAGCUGACCACCGAUGCCCUGUUCAAUGUGCUGCUGUUUCCUGAAAAGGGCUGGCUAAGCGAUCCUUUCAUCCCGAAGGAGCCGGAGAAUGCAGCACAGCUGCACUGGGAGAACCGACUCCUACAGCUGGAAAAACUGCGCUCCAUUUGCCUGCCAGAGAUUGUGCUGCUGCUGCACGACGUAUUGGCCAAGUCGGGCGAUUAUCCGGCUUGCAUACGACUGGCAGAUGAGAUUGCCGACGAGCGUCGACAGCUGUACAAGGUCUACACGAAACAGAAACUGGCCGAGGUGCUAGUCAAGAUUGCCGACACAUCGCUGCAGCUGCUCAACAACAAACUGGAUCCCUGGGGUUACCCGAUCACUUCCUAAAUGGAAUAAAUUUUAUU